CACCAUCCUCACCAUCCUCACGGUCCUCACCAUCCUCACGGUCCUCACCAUCCUCACCGUCAACACCGUCAACAAGCAUCUCAAUAUCCGUGAAUUACAUGGGAGACACCGGCAUGAACAGACGAUUGCUUCUCAUACUGACGGGUCGCCUGUGAUCCUGUUGUCUCUAUUCGCUAAGACAAUACUGACAAGUCAGAAUCGAGAAUUUAUCUUCAUUGCAAUGCUAUCGACUUCCCCCAUGGUUCGGGCUACAUGGUCCGGGCUACAUAAUGUACCCAGAGAUGAGUCGUGCAGAUCUUGGCUUCUUCAAGCGCCGCAGCGGCACUUGAAUACUGGUCCCUAGCACCACGGAGAGGUGCCUGCAUGUCGCUAGAGGAUCAUGGUGUAGACCCUGGCCCCAGGUCUUACCCGAUCGAGCACGCUUUUACAAACACAGGGCUCAUUGUCUGUGAGGGAGGAUGUUGGUAAAGCAGAGCUCAAGCUGCGAGGAUUUUGUCAUCACAGACCCUAGACUGCGGAGUUCACUUCGUGACGCAGCGCCCCCCUGCGAAGCACAGUUGAUCUCGCAGAGCUUAUCCUGCGAAGCGCAGGCUGUCCUGCAAAAGAGUGCAAUUCUUACUUCACUGGGCUCAUACCAGCGAAAGCCAAGACUUAGAAGCCAAGGUCUGCAGGCAGACAACACGACCACGCUGUCUUGGGGGAUGAGGAUGGGAGUUCUGAUUUUCUAGACCGGUCAUGGAGCGUCCUUUUAUGCCUUUUCGCCUCCGGCCGCUCAUAGCUGCCAGGUAUGCAAAAUCUAUGGAAGACAUGAUUUACUGCGGUGUAAACAUUACAUUUUUGCUGCUAGUGGAGGUGAUUCAACAGCCGUUGAAGGAUGUGUUUAGAGUAUGCGGCCAAUCCCACCAAGCGCCCCACUUCGAACCGUGGCGUGUAUGAAUCUAGACUGGGCCAUCCUUGGAACCAUCUCUUGGCGGUUGCAACUCAGAUGUUUACGGUGAACCACCUUCAACGGUCGUUGAAAAGCGUGUUCAACCGAGCGUUGAGCAACAUCGGUUGCGUUUGAACUGGCAAGACCAAGAUCCUCCCGGUUACGUGGCCGGCGUAGAUGACUAUACAGCUACUUGCGGUCCAAUUGUCAAAUUUUCAAAAAGUCUACCAGACUAGGUCUUCGUCCCUUACACUACGGAACGCUGGGACAGAACAAUGCCGAAGAUAACAGGGCGACAUCGAAGACGAGAAUUGUCUGGUGGAAAAUGCGUCAAGAGGAUGUCGCGGCCGGGCCAGGACAUGACUUUGUAUCAGACAUCUCCGCUCGCCCGCGUGCUUUCACGACCGGAAACCACAAGAAUGCUCAGAUGUUUCGUCCGUUCCCUGCAAGAAAAACCCGUGUCCGGUGAGAACACAAAUUCGGAUAAUGCCAACGUCUUUGAACUGACUGUUGACCAGAAGUACUCUACGCAUUAUAUUCUCUCCUCGGGAUACCAGCGGGCCGGGUUCCGCUUCCGGCACAGCAUAGGAUUCUUCAGUCAAUCCAGCGGCAUCUCGAGUAUCAUGCAUUUUGGUAUGUCGAGCGGUAUUUCCUCUCGGAAUCGGUACAAAAUGGGUGGACAUGCCCUGAGGCUUUGGAACUACACAAGCUAUUUCAAUUUCUCAAUCGACAUCGACGCGCACCGCAAGCGGAAUCUUCGGGUCCAGCUGUCUGCGAUAUCCAAGGCUGGCGACGUUCUAUCUCGGCUAUUCGCCACGCGGCGGUCCAUCGUCUCGCACAAGAUCGACAAUCGCUUCUGCGGAUGACUCGAGCAGCCAUCGGUUUUGUUCAAUGUAUGAGUGGCUCCUCUCAUACCCAAAGUCUCCGGCGUCUCAGGAAAUACCUGCGAGUCGCGCUUCCAAGGCCAUCUCGACGAUCUGUCGUUCCACGGCGACAGGCAAGGUUCCAGACGUGCCGAGUAGAGAAUGGGCUCAGUCACUCGUCGCACCCUUCCAUCACAUUGCCAGAACCCCUGCAAGGAAUUCUUCACCUUGUAGAGAACGAUUUCUCCCACGAGGUACGACAAUUUUUAGAGGAAGAAUUUGAAUGAGAAGCGGCAACAAAUCCUGGUAUGGCCGAGUUCUGGGUCGUUGAGCUCUGCUAUCAAGUCGGACCCGGGCAGUUAUUGCCAUCAUAUCAUCACGGACAGGUCCACGUAUACCUCGAGAGAAAUUAAUAUAAAAUCACGAGGUUGUGGCUGUAUUUAGUACUUUAAUUUCCAAGACCGGCGUACUCGUUGCACUUGGAAACUCAAGUACGCAUCCAAGAAGUACGAAGUAGCUUAAACAAAUACGAGUGCCAUUUCUCUGAGUCCGAUUGCCAUGGCCUAUGCUCACUACAUUACUGUUAGAAAUAUGCCGAAUGCAAUUUAAUGGAGAAUCAAUGCUCUGACUCUGCAUCCAAUCGUGGGCCGCAUAAUCCGACGCAUCGUACAGAUUUUGGAAUAAUCCCCCUGAAUAGCGGAAUGAUACUACAG